UUAUUUUCAACCAAUCUAUUUUCAAUUAUGAUUGUAAAUAUACACAUCUUUACAAUACUCAACAAAUUAUAUCUAAAAAUCAAGAACAUAUUCACCAUUUGAAUCUGUCGUAAAUGGAUUGAUUACAACAAUAUGAAUCCAUAGUAAAAAUGAAGCAAACACUUAAGUAAUUGUCUAUCAUACUGUAUGUAAUAAUAUUGUAAACCGUAAAGUUAUAGGGGUCUUUUGUUUUUUAGCGUUUUCACGCUAAAACGCUGCAAAAACCAGCGUUUACCGUUGUUGAAAAAUGGCGCUUCGGCAGUUCGGCAGUUCGGCCUAAAAUGCCAAUAUCCAAACAUUGGCGGGCAUAGUCAUUGUUGACUGGGCAAUUUGGGCCUUGGCGAUGAAAAGAACUACUACACUACUUCACACUGGCCGUCUAGGCCCAUGAUUAAUAAAAAAUUGAACUGGGCCCAGCUUCUUCCUCCCCAUCGUCGAUCGACGGAGACCAUCAGGCAGCGGAUUGUUGCUUCCCCAAGGCUGAAGGAUGCUAUUCUGAAAAACAAAAGAUUUCUCCAUAUUUUCUUCCAGCGCCCACUACAGUCUUCUUAAAUUUCUCCUCUUUUGCCCUUAAUCUGCUUAUAUCAGAAAUAGCCCUGAUUUUGAUCUGGAAGCCUUUUGUGUGUAUGGAAAGGCAUUACUUUUAUUGGAAUUUAAAGUUGUUGAAUUGCAGUGGAUCAGUUUGAGGGCUUAUUGAGUUAAGAAUGGGCGGCUCUGAACAACCAAAGAAAAGAGUGGCCUUCGUGCUUAUUGAUGGCUUGGGGGAUGUAUCUCUGCCAAGGUUUGGUUACCAGACUCCUUUGGAAGCAGCUAAGAUUCCAAAUUUGGAUACUAUAGCUUCAGCUGGAGUUAAUGGUCUGAUGGAUCCUGUGGAAGUGGGCCUUGCAUGCGGGAGUGACACGGCUCAUCUGUCUUUGAUGGGGUAUGAUCCAAGGGUGUAUUACCGGGGAAGAGGUGCAUUUGAGUCUAUGGGAGCUGGCCUGGCAAUGUUGCCUGGUGAUAUCGCAUUUAAGUCGAACUUUGCUACUCUGGAUUUGGCAACUGGGGUAGUUUUAAGCAGGAGAGCUGAUAGACAUUUUGAAGAAGAAGGUCCAGUUCUUUGUGCUGCUUUGGAUGGAAUGAAACUACCUUCUUUUCCUGAAUAUGAAGUUAGAGUGAGGUAUGCCACAGAGCACAGGUGUGGUGUGGUGGUAAAGGGACCAAAGUUAAGUGGAAAUAUAUCAGGAACUGACCCAUUGAAGGACAACCGCCUUCUUUUACAAGUGGAGGCUCUUGAUGAUACAGAAGAGGCAAUUCACACAGCCAUAGUUGUUAAUGAACUUUCUAAAGAGAUGUCGCGCAUUCUCGUUUCUCACCCACUGAAUGCAAAACGCUCUGCCGAAGGAAAAAGCAUUGCCAAUGUUGUCCUCUUGAGAGGUUGUGGCAUUCGAAUUGAGGUUCCUGCAUUUGAGGAGAUACAUGGGCUUCGCCCAUGCAUGGUAGCUCCUACCAAGAUCAUAGCUGGGUUGGGUCUAUCUCUUGGGAUUGAUAUUCUAGAAGCUCCUGGAGCAACGGGAGACUACCGGACGAUAUUAACAUCCAAAGCAAUUGCCAUAGCCGAUGCCCUUUCUGCCCCUCUGCAGCCUUGCCCAAAUGUUUUUGUUCCUGGUGAAGACGAGCAUAAGCCUGGUGGAUCUGAUGGUUAUGACUUUGGAUUCCUUCACAUUAAGGCAAUAGACGAUGCUGGCCACGAUAAAGCCAGUGUAUUCAAAGUAAAAGGACUUGAAGCGGUGGACCGUGCUCUUGGACAGCUGGCAAAACUUCUAUGGUCAGCACAAUCAUCGGGGAAAUUCGAGUUCUUCCUUUGUGUCACUGGGGACCACUCAACACCCGUCGAAUAUGGGGACCACAGCUUUGAACCUGUCCCUUUCUCAUUAUGUAGUCUGAAGGACUUUGUGGGUGCUGUUGGGGGAGAGGCAGUCCUGUCAGAAACCUCAUUGGAUCCAUUUCCCCUUCCAAUGAACAAUGACGGUAAAGACAUUUUGACUGCUGAUUUGGGAGUAGAAAGGAGAAAGAAGGGCAAGGGUUUUAGCGGGGACUCAGUAGCAGAGUUCAAUGAAAUAGCAGCAGCAAGAGGUUGCCUUGGACGGUUCUCUGGGAGUGAGAUGAUGGGAGUUAUAAACACAUAUCUUAAGCUAAAAGCAUAAUUUCAAGAUUGCAUGGAACUAUGGAGUUAUGGUUGAACCAGAAACAAGGCAGCUUUCAAACAUCUUAUGGAAGAAUACUAUACAUUGUACAUGAUGUACCCAUUUCUGAGAGCUGUUCAAAUUAUUGUUUGUAGGAAUAAGUAGUAAUUAUAAAAAAAACACAAUAUUUCCCUGUUUAAGAAUGCAAAAACCUUGGUUACUUGAUCACUUGUAUUCCAAGAGGGUGUGAGGUGAUUCUACAAGUUGGUGAUGAUAGUAGAUACCUUCUAGAAAGUGAAGACUUGUUGGAAUCAUGGAUUAGUUGCAAGUGUAACUUAUUUGAUAAUGUUUUGUAUUUUUUCUUAUGAUUUUCAUAUAUUGGGUUGUAGAAGUGAACCCAAUGAGACUUGAAAUAGAACUACAUGAUGCGGAGAGUUUAAAUAAUGUGUAUUGUCUGUAUUUUAAGGCUAAGUAGAAAUAAAAAGAGAGAUUAAUAGCCGUAAAUUAGUAUUAUC